UCCCGCCGCCGCUCCCGGGGCGCCGCCGGCUCCCGCGCCCGCCGCCGGCAUGAGGGGGCCCCGGGGCGAGGGGGGCGCGCCCGCGCUGUGCCCGCGCCUCAACCACUCGCUCCCCGGCCCGUCCCCGGGCCUGUGGGCGGCCGAGCGCUCCGCCGCCGCGGCGCGGGCCAACGCGACGGCGCCGCGGGCCGCCGGCCAGGACUGCGGCUCGGUGUCGGUGGCCUUCCCCAUCGCCAUGCUGCUCACCGGCUUCGUGGGCAACGCGCUGGCCAUGCUGCUCGUGUCGCGGAGCUACCGGCGGCGGGAGAGCCGGCGCCGGCAGUCGUUCCUGCUGUGCAUCGGCUGGCUGGCGCUCACCGACCUGGCGGGGCAGCUGCUCACCAGCCCCGUGGUCAUCGCCGUGUACCUGUCGCAGCGGCGCUGGGAGCACCUGGACCCGUCGGGCCGCCUGUGCACCUUCUUCGGCCUCGCCAUGACGGCCUUCGGGCUGUCCUCGCUGCUGGUCGCCAGCGCCAUGGCCGUCGAGCGGGCGCUGGCCAUCCGCGCGCCGCACUGGUACGCGAGCCACCUGCAGACGCGCGCCACCCGCGCCCUGCUGCUCGGCGUGUGGCUCGCGGCGCUCGGCUUCGCGCUGCUGCCGGUGCUGGGCGUCGGCCGCUACGCCGUGCAGUGGCCCGGCACCUGGUGCUUCAUCAGCACGGGCGGCGCGGGCAACGGCACGGGCGCCCCGCGCGACCGCGGCGGCCUCUUCUUCGCCUCCGCCUUCGCCUUCCUGGGGCUGUCGGCGCUGGCCGUCACCUUCGCCUGCAACCUGGCCACCAUCGAGGCGCUCGUGUCGCGCUGCCGCGCCAAGGCCUCGGCGGCGCAGUCGGGCGCGCAGUGGGGCCGCAUCACCACCGAGACGGCCAUCCAGCUCACGGGGAUCCUGUGCGUGCUGUCGGUGUGCUGGACGCCGCUGCUGAUAAUGAUGUUGAAAAUGAUCUUCAAUCAGACAUCAGUGGAGCAGUGCAAGACUCACACCGAAAAGCUGAAAGAAUGCAACUUCUUCUUAAUAGCUGUUCGCCUGGCUUCACUGAACCAGAUCUUGGAUCCCUGGGUUUAUCUGCUGCUAAGAAAGAUCCUUCUUCGAAAGUUUUGUCAGAUCAGACACCACACAAACAGCUACGCAGCCAGCUCCACCUCCUUACCCCACCAGGGCUCCUCAACCUUGAUGUGGAGUGACCAGCCGGAAAGCUGAGAAAAAGAGGGAUCAGAGAGCAGGCAAAGUAAAAGAAGGAUGAAAAACAGGGCCAUCUGAAUGCAGACCUCCUGACCUCCUGCCAAUUGUACCGUGUGCCAUACUUCCCUUCACAAGCAUGUGAGGGAACCCUCCCAAGGCAAGAAAAUGACGUUAUACUCUAGCAGCAGCAGUGACAACAAAUAUUAGUUUCCCCAAAUAUUAGUUUCUUAAAACCACAAAAGCUCUUAUGCACCGCCCCCGCCCCCCGCCCCAGCCUGUCUGUUGAAAGUUGGGCGAGGAGACUCAGCAGCAAGCCACCCUCAUCAGAGACUCGGGCUACCCUAGGGCUUCCAACAGGGCUGGAGCCUGCAGCAGGGAAGGGAGAGCCCUGGAGCAGCACCCACCCACUUCUAGAGCAAGGGGUACUCGGGGCCCACUGAAGGGGUGAGGGAGAGGAUCCUGCCACGUGCGAGAUAAAGGAGAAAUGGAAGGUACUAGAGCAGCACUACUAUGCACACCAGAACCUCAGUAGUUAAGAGUAGAAUAAAAAUGAAGAAAUUAAUGGCAGAA